AUGGAAGAAGUGUGUGAGGAUGACCUCUGCUGGCUGAAGCUGGAUGAUUUCAGGAUGCUCCUCAUUAAAAAUGUUGAUGCAUCGAGAAUCACCCCAUACCUCCGACAGUGUCAGGUAAGCAGUCAUCCUCUUAAUCCUCAGUCACUGCUCCUCCAGCUUCACUUUGUCUUGUUAUUCACCAAGUUACCUUCACCUCCAGCUGAAGUCCUUUUUCUCAUGAGCUCCUAACAUUUUCAAGACAAAUUUAAGACAUUCAGGUGCAGAUAUUUUUCAAGAGUUACUUUUCACUCAUGCACCUCCCAACAGAAGAUGAUCUGUGUCAAAAGCGUGAUGACCUUCGACUCAACCCUCAACUGGUGAUCAUAUGUUUCACCAUGUGAAAUAACUGCUCAAGUUUGUCUUCUUGUGUGUUGCCUCUGCCUUCACUUUGAGCGGCACCUUCUCCCUUGAGCUAAUCUGCUGAAUUUUGUAUUGUAACAGGUGAUAAGUGCUGAGGAUGAGGAGGAGCUCUUCAACGACCCAACCCUUGCUGUCAGGAGGAGAAAAGUUGGUAAGUUACGUGCACAACACCGUUGAGACUAACAGUCUGAGCUUGUCCUGAAACCACAACACUCCAGAGCAUCAGUCAUAUCCAAAUCCAUCCAAUAUCCCCUGUUAGAAGAGUCGGCCUUUGCAGAGAUUGCACUAAAGUAGUUGAUGGGUUUAUAAUGUGAUAAAUGGUCAACGACCUUCAGGCUUUUUUUAAUAACACAAGAGCUUGCAGACUUUUCUGGUUCACAUUAUACAGCAAGAGCUAAAGUCAUCAGUGGAGUCACUCCCAACUUCACAUCCCCAUGUCAGCAACUUCAUACCCCAAGUGUCAUGUUUAGUCACUGGGGCCAAAUCUAUGUCACUGGGCUUCAUCUGCAAGUCAUCCCUUUGUCAUGUUUGGUUCCUUAAAGCCAUGCAGAAGUCACAAUAGUCACACCCAAGAAGAACACUUCAACACGUAGCAUCUCCUUAGCCAUACAGGUUACAAUCAAGUCACAGGGAGCUUGAUCUCGUCACCAAGGCUGUGAUCCAUCAUCAAUCCUUUUUUUUUUUUAAUCUCACUUAGCUGGGUUCUGGUCAAGUUGCCCAGAACAUCCUUCUCUCCAGCAAGGCUUUCCAGCCCCUCAAGAGCGAUUUUGAGGUGUCCCCAGGCCAAAUGAUAUACAUAUACACAGUAUAUGUACACUCCCUUCAGUGUGUUCAGGGAUGUCUAGUCAUUGUGGUAAGACUGGAAGAAACCAAAAGGAGUAACAGGAUCUCAGAGUGGUUCAGGUCAUGUCCAAGUAGUCAUAGGUACAGCUAGUUUAAACAAACAAGUCAUAUUUCAUUCACCAAAUAAGUGCCAUGCCCAAGUAUCCUGAUCGGAUCCUCACCAUCCAUGUUCUCCACAGCUGAGUCCUUCCCUAAUUCUGCCUGAGUCACUUUGGACUUGUGUUGGUCAAACAGCACAUGCUCUUUGUCUUCCACUUUGCAUGUCCAUUAUGUUUUUUUUUGAAGUACUUUUGAUUGACUGUCAUGACUGACUUUUGCUUUUUGCUUUGAUUUUCUAACUUUAAUAGGAGCCUUGCUAGACAUUCUGCAGAGAACAGGGGUCAAAGGUUAUACUGCCUUCCUGGAGAGUCUAGAGCUGGACUAUCCUCAGCUCUAUAGCCGCAUCACGGGGAAGGAGCCAAACAAGACCUUCAGCAUCCUUGUCGGUCUGUCUCUUAACUUUUACCUGUCUGACCUACUUAACCCAGUUUGUGCAGAUUUAACAUUUCUAUCUCUACUGUAACUACACAUAUGUCUCUUGGUUCAGACACUGCAGGUGAAUCUGGUCUCACCCAGUUCUUGAUGUCAGAGCUAAGUCGUCUGCAGAGGGCACUGCAGGAUGAGAGGAGGCGUCGCCAGCAAGCCUGCUCAGUUGCCAAGGAACAGGUUGGUUUGUUCCUGGGAAAGUUUUGAUGAAAAUGUAGACAUAGAUUUCUGUGAUGCCACUGAUGUUUCUUUGCUGGUAAAAUCAUUAGUAUUUUGUUGUUUUGUUCUCUGGUGUUUCUAGGAGGUGUGGUCUCAGCAGCAGCAACUGAAGGACCGAGAGUCGAGGAAGUUGAAGGAGCGCUUGCACAAAAUUCGUGAGGAACGAGAGCGACUGAGCGAGGAGGUGAAACAGCUCAGAGAUCACAAUUACAGUCUCAUGGCUGACAUCAACUCCCUAAGUCAGGAGAGGAGCAAUGCCCUGUUGGCCAACAGAGACCUACAGAUAGAGGUCAGCCGGAGACAACUUGACCCUAAAUUAUAGCUGCAUGUGUACAUGACCUCUAAUCUUUGACCUCUGUAUGUUAGGUGGAGCGUCUGAAACACACGGUGCUGCGAGCUGAGAGUCAGACUCGACUGCUGAGAAGACGAACAAUGAGACCACUGCAGGAGGUAGAGAUUACUUUCAGUUUUAACGUUACACCACUGCCUCCCAAUGAUCUACACCACACUGAUGUUGUCUCUUUUCUUUUUCACAAACUUCACAUUAGAAAUGGAUGUAGUGGAUCUAUGGUAUCAGACAAUAAGAUACCAUAGUUCUUACAUGAGAACCUCCACUGUAAAAACAAGUCCACAAUGUGCACUUUCUGUAAAGAGUUUUACUGUGCAAUCUGUUUUCACUAUCCCACUAACUACCACUAUAGAACUCAAGCUCAGUAGGUAUAGUGUUUCUAGUUUUGAUGUAUGCAUGGACUAUGGGAAUACACAUGCUUUAGCUCUCAUGAGCAUUAGUUUUCGGAUGGACCCAACUGGAUGAAAUGAGUGAGUAUUUUCCAUGUGAACCCCGGGACUGUUCUUGGUAUUUUAAAGGGAAGCAAGUGAAGCAAAAUAAAACUGUGGCAUCACUAUAUAACAUUAUCCAAGUUUUCUUAGCUCUCUCCAAGCUUUGAAAAUAAUCAAGUAAUUCCUCCCUCUGUGGCAGGAAUACUGUUUAACAUGGAUGGCAGGUCCAAGCUCUUUAACUCUCAGCUUCUCCCGCAAACAUCUUACUUGAACAACAUGAUUUGACUGAGUUUUCUCUCUGCAUUGAAUCAUCUGCCCUCUCCAUGACUCCAGUCUCAAACUUUUUCCUCAGGUUCUCCUGCUCACUCAAUCAACACAGAUUAUGGCAUCACUGCAUGCCUUGCUCUUCAUGCCUUAGUUAAAUAAUUUUCUUAAAGAACCCCCCAUUACGUAUCAGAAAAUACAUUAACAUCAACAUUUCAAGCAAUUAAUAAGUGCACAUACUAAACUUUGUCUUGUAAGAGUUUUGUAGUAAGCAUGGACAUCUUGCCUUCUGCAGAAAAAAAAAUUAAAACAGUUAUUACCUUCAUGCCAUUUAAUAGGGUUACUUUCCUAGGGUGUUGGAUCUUAAGUUGGCUGUUGAAACUAACUGACUGACAUGUUAUAAUGGACACUUUCAGAGCAGAAGUCUAGCUCUACCCCCAGAGACCUUCUUCAACCCAAACCCACUUGAGGAGCUAAAAGAGGAGAAGCCCGAAGAGAAAAAAGAGGAGAAGCACGAAGUGAUAAGGGAGAAGCAAAAGGAGACACAGCAGCAGAUGCCACAGAAGAGUCCAGCUCUUCCUUCGAUUAACCUUAUCAACACAGUGUUUAAGCUGAGAAAAGCUCUCCACAAAGCAGAGGAGCAGAGUGCCAGGGUAAGGAGGAGGGGGCAAAGGAGUUUAUAGCAAAAUGAAAUACAGGACCAAAUUACUUUUGCAUGUCUGGGGUAAACUUUGGGCAGUGAAAGGUAAUGAAUUUUGUCCCAAUAAUGUCUUUUACUUAACGGCUGCUGAUAUCAAAAGCAGUGUGUGAUUUGAGCCCAGUUCUGACUUAACUAUGAGACAGAUUAAAUCUAUUCAACAAUCAGGCCAACUGUGGAAUACAGCACUGAUUAAUUCGAUCAAACCCCUCAUAUGUCAAAGAUCAGAUGAACUGGUCAGUGUAGUGAAUCUGAGUUUCUUUGGCUGCAGCGCCUGGAGGAGAAGGAGGAGCUGGAGCUGCUGUGCGCUCAGCUGAAGGGAGAUGCCCGGAUGUACCGCCAGCAAAACAAACAAACCCUCAGGCAGUUGGAAGAGGUGAUCAAAGAGAGAGACAAGGUGAGGAAUCUUUAUGUAUUUGCCUGUCACAUUUUUUUUAUUUCACUCCUUCACCUGUUAAUGACUUGUGUUCCAGGCUCUGUCUUCACGGGCGGAGCACCAGGAGGAGGCGCGUCUCCUCCUUCAGGAGAAGGAUCAGUACAGAGAGCAGGUCCGACAGCUUACUGAGCAAACUGAUAAACUGGAGCUUAGUCUUCUGAGGACACAGGGGGAGGAGCUACAGCUGAGGACACGCCUCCGCAGACUCACCUGCAACACUAACCAGGUAUCAGAAUCAGAUGGCGAAGGAUAUUGAUAAUGUAGUGUGAGGAUGUAAUAAUGGUGUCAUGAUGAAGGCUUUCUGUUUUAGAGUGAGAGGAGUGUGAGCAGCGAGGAGGAACAACCAGAAAAUGUGGCAAAAGGUGAGAGUCAUAGUGAGCUGCACAUUAUUAUCAGUCAGCUUGUGUGGCUUUUUUGGUUUUGACCAUGUGACUUGUUUUACUCAGGAAGCAGUGAGGAGGUCCGCAGUGGUACCUCAGGAGAAAAUGAGGAGGCUGCAGUGCUUCAACAGUAUAGCUCUCCUCCAGGAGGGGCCACGCAACCUGAAGAGAAGCCCUGUAGUGCUGCAUCACUGGUAACUUUGUGGUCUCUAAUUUCCUUGUUGCUGCUGUUGUGGAGCAGUAGCAUAAAGCUACUGACAUCUCUCUCCCUUUAGACUAAAUUCUAACUCUGUGUACGUCAACAGGAGGAGGAGACAGACGUUUCCCCAACCUCCAUGAUUCGGCCAAACUUCUUUUACCGCAGGUUAGAUGACGUGUAUUUAACUUUGAUCUCAAAUAUUCCUGCAGUCAUCAAGACAUCCUUUCGAGUCUGUUCAUAUUUUUAUCACAACAGGAAGCGGGCCCUGAGGUCAAAACUCAACUGUAAGGAGUUCACGCUCAGCAACCAUGACGACAGCAGCGCCAGUUACAUCACCGACUCUGACUGAACACAGUUGUGUUCAGUUUAAACCAGUGUCUCCAAGUUUUACCAUGAUAAAAAACAAUACAGAUUUUCUGACAUGUCUGAAUUAUUUUAUUUGUAAAAUAAUGAUAAUAAAAUAGGGUAGGGGAGAGUGGGGUAAGUUGAGUCAAAGGGUAAGUUGAGCCACUCCCUGUUGCUUGGAAAUGGUUAAAGAAAUUGAUUAUAUGAUCAAAUAUUUAGGAGAUGGGCAUCAAUUCAUGGAGUCUGUGAAGGUAAGAAGCACAUGGGUGAAGGGGUUAGACAUUUAUUUCCAAAAAAACAUUUUUCACUCUUGAAAGUGAAUUUAGUCUGUCAUACGUUUCAUUAGAAUUGUGUUCAGACCAAAAAAGAUCAAUUUAAAUUUGUUUUAUACAUCAAUUUUGGUAUCUAUGAGCUACAAAAUAAGGUCAAAAACCUAGCAUAUAAGUCCACCAUUUUAGCUUAGAGGACUAAUAAAGUCAUCAUAGUAGUUCUGGGGUAAGUUGAGCCAGUGGUUCAACUGAGAAAGUAAAGGAGUCUGAUGAGAGGAUCAGAGUUUCAGUUCAGAUUGUUGAAACGUGUUACUUUUUCUUAUCAAAAAUACAGCUGUGAAUGUUCUGAAUCACUUAAAGGCAUUCUCAUGUUGAAAUGGCUUUUUACAAAACAGCUUUUUAACAGUUAUAUGCAAUAAUGAUAAAAAGAAUUGUUGUACCAGUUGAAUAGCGUAUAAUAGAUAAAAAUACACAUGAAUGUGAAGAAGUGACUUUUAUUUAGGGAGAGAGAAGGUGAGGGAGGGCUGGGGUGAGCAGUGAUGUGUGUGUGUGUGUUGUGGGGUGUCUCUUGCAUGCUAUAUUAUCAAGAUAGUUAUGUUUACACUCAUUCUGUUGGUUUGCAGGGAUGCACAACAUCUUGAAAUAUAUGCAAAUACACUAGUUAGAGACAAAACUAUGAUUUUCUUGAUGUAGUGAUCCGAAAUAUGAAAAAGGGCUCAUCUUACCCCACUCUCCCCUAUAUAGGCUAUGUAUAGCUGUCUGUGUUGAAGGAUCUAGUGAUGGUGUGUUCAGGGCAGUAGGUUUCUAAAACUGUCCUGAUGAAGUGUUUUAUACCUUAUUUAUAAAGUUCUUAAAAUUAUUAGGAAUUCUUCAAAUUAAGAACACUCAAAUUAACCGCCAUUUUGCACAUUUGACUUAUCUCACUGAUAAAAUGCUUAUCUGUUUUCUGCAACAAUAAAAUAAACAAAACUCGAUGUGUCAUGUGAUUUAUUGACAUAGGCCUACUUUCUGUCAGAAUACAAAGGUGUUUCCCACCCACAAAGUUUAAGUUUGUAGAAUUCAUUGUCAAUUCCAUCUAAGUAUUAGAUAACUAUUACAGGGCUCUUAUUAGGGGGUUCAUGUUUCCUAUGAUUGACACUUGACACAGCCUGUGGGCGUACGGAGAUUGCAUAGCUCACCCGGGGGAUGUGCUGUUUGAGUUGAGCAUCAUCACAGCGACUCUCAGUGACUAUCCCGCAGAAUGCAUACAACACUACUGUGCAAUGUUGGUUUCAGGACGUGGAGAAAAACGCACAAUUACCGUGAGCUUUUCAGCUUUAAAUCUGUAUACUGGCAGAAGGCAAAACCAAGUUGUCCAUGGUAGAUACAGUCUGUGGUCAGAACUCUGAGGAGCACAGAGAGAAUCUGUCACUAAAACAGAGAAUAAGACAAUGAUUCAGCACUCUGCACUGGAGCUCAAGGACUUAUAUCACUUUCCCAAACCUGACUUCACUUAAGCCAAUCAGGUACUAACACACCUGGUGCUGCUCUGGACUGAUUUCCUCCUACAACUCAAAGAAUGACCACAGUAAACUGCCUUUCACACCAGAUGGUGAUCAUGCAGUCCACACCCUGGCUCUCAUAUGCACCAGUUUCUGCAAGAUGGAGAAAGGGGAAUUCCCCUGAGAAGGCAGGUGCUUCUGGGGGAAUUCCCCACUGAGGGGGUGUGACAUCACAAUGACAUGUAGAAUGUGAUGUCACACGAUGACAUCACGUUCUAGCUCUGAUCCUUUGAUCUUCAAAUGCAGAUCAACUCAGAACCCACACACUUGUUGGCAAGACUCACGUAGGAGCUUCUACAGAGACGAUCAACAGUUAAGUCACGUAGGAGCUACUACAGAGACGAUCAACAGUUAAGUCACGUAGGAGCUACUAUACUACAGAGACGAUCAACAGUUAAGUCACGUAGGAGCUACUACAGAGACGAUCAACAGUUAAGAGCAGUCGACUGAAGACUAAUCAGAAGAACCAUGUCCAGAGCAUUCACACCUGAAUCUGUGGGACCACUGGGCUACCGGCCCAUGGCACCACUUCAACAGGAGCUUGCCAGUGCUCGUGCUGAGAUUAGAAAUCUUAGAAACGAGCAAAGGGGUGAACAGGAGGCAUGGAUGAAUGAGAGGGUAAAGCUGGGCUACAGAAUUCACAACGGGAAGUACAAAGUGAACCGUCUGGAGGGACUCAUUGACGUCAGAGAAAGUGGAUUCAAGGAAGAACUCCAGAAUAAUGUCCAGACUAUUGAAAGGCUGGAGGCUGAGAUCCAACGCCUCAACAGCACCCUCAAAUUAAGAGACGAGCAGGUGGAGCUUAUCCAGCGCCUGCAGAAGGAGCAGGAAGAGAAGAUGUGGGCUCAACUUAAGGAGGAGAGACAGAAAGCUCAUGAGCUCCAAGAACAGCUUUUUCAGGCGUCUCAGGAGAACCUGAAGGCUGUUUCUCUGAGCAAGAACAAUGAAACAAUGCUAAAGCUCACAAAACAGCAGCUUGAGCAGAGGGACAACCACAUCAUGGAGCUGAGGAGGGAGAAAGAGGGUCUCACUCAAAGACUCAUUGAGACCACAACUCAGCUGCAAAACGAGACCCUCCAGAAGAAAAAAAGGAAAGACCUGGAGGAGGAGAACCAUAACCUGAAGACCAGAGUCAGUGAGCUGGAGAAAAUGAACAAAGAUCUGCUGGAAAAGGAGGAAAGUCUGACCUUCAGACUUGAAGAGGCCAAGACAGCAAAAGAAAGAGUAAUUGAGAAGGAAAAGACUCUGACAGACAGAAUUCAAGAGUUAGAGGAGGAGAAGAGGGAGCUGACUCAUCUUGUCUCUCUAAAGAAAAGACGCUUCCUGUCCAGAGUCUUUCAAAAGGAGACAGAGGAGGAGAAAACCCUCCGAAAACAACUUAAAGAAAAGAAGAAGGAAUUAAGGCAGCUGAGAGAAAGAGAAAAAGAGGAGGAAAGAGAACAAGAAGAAGAGCAAAGAGAACAAGAAGAGGAGAAAAGCAAAAACCAAGACAGGGGGAGAAAGAGAGUCAAAAAAGGUCUCUGGACCUUAGGAAAGAAGAAAAACAGAGACACCCGGGUGGAGGAGGUUGCUGGUUGCUCAGCUGAUGUCGAGGAACAUUAGCUCCUCUUCCUCCCUCUUCAUUCCCUACCUUCCAAAAACAAAAAAUAAAUUUAAAAAGCUGCAAAAAAAAAGAAGCAAAUAUGUAUUUUUUUAAAUGUAUAAAGAAUAUACAUUGAAAAAAAAUAAAAAUAUAUUUCUAAAUAAAAUAAAUAAAUAAAUAAAAAAAUAUAUAUUUACAUAUAUAUUUAAAAAAAUAAUAUAUAUUUUUAUACAAAAAAAAAAUCAAAAUAUAAAAACAUAAUCACAAAUUUUUCCCCUCCUCGAGCCACCACCUUAGUGUGGUGGAGGGGUUUGCGUGUCCCAGUUAUCCCAGGAGCUAAGUUGUUGGGUGCUUUAUGCCUCUGGUAGGGUCAACCAAGGCAAACAGGUCCUGGGAGAGGGAUCAGACUAAGGGUGGCUCAAAUAGACCUUUGAUGAUGGUAGUAGAUUUACUAUAUACUGAGUUUUACUCACCCCCUUACACCUUACUUAUCAAUCUAAUUUUUUGGGCACUACGGUAAAGAGAGGGGCGGAGCUGUUUACUGAUCACCACUUGGUGGUGAGUUGGUCUCAUGCCAAUUUCCAGCAUUGGAAUCCAGCAAUUCCCCCUCUCUUACAUCACAGGAAGUGCUAACCGUCAUUUCAAACAAAGCUAUUUAUUUGUCUGGAACAAACACGAAACUCCACUUGGCAUUGUGUAAAAACAGAUUCAGAUACAGAACUAUGUGAGAUAAGUUACAGAUGUUAAGGAUCUGCCAUAACUUUAGCAUGGACAGUAGCACAUCUCUUCAGGGAAGGUUUUUGCAAUUAUUGCGCAUUACACUCAUCAAAGUGACGCAAAGCAAUACAAGUGUUCAUUAUUGAGUUUUACAUUCUGUCUGCUCUCUGAUUUGGUUUUUCUAAGCGGGCAUGGGAUACAUUUGUCGCUGUCAAAGGCCAUUAAUAAGGCUUUUCAGGAUGUCAAUUACAUAUGGUUAGCUAAACACUGUCGCAAUACCAUAUUUGUAUCGUAUUGUAUCCUAUUGUGUAGUAUAAUAUCAUAUCAUAUUGUAUAGUAUCAUAUCAUAUAGUAUUGUAUCGUAUUGUAUCGUAUUGUAUCGUAUUGCAUCGUAUUGUAUCGUAUUGUAGCGUAUUGCAUCGUAUCGUAUAGUAUGGUAUUGUACCAUAUCAUAUCAUAUCAUAUUAUGUCAUAUAGUACCAUAUUGCAUCAUAUUGUUCCAUAUUAUAUCAUAUCAUGUCCGAACACAUUCUCCUCGUUAGUAUAGUGGUGAGUAUCCCCGCCUGUUAGGCGGGAGACCGGGGUUCGAUUCCCCGACGGGGAGUGGAAAUCAAAACAGAAAGUGUCCGUCUUCUCGCUGGGUGAAGCCACUCUGAGAACAGCACCCUCUGGUGAUGGGCUGCAGUAUAGGUCAUAAAUCCCUGUCAGCCAUCCUUAAGAGGCUGAGGACAAAUUUUAGAAAUUAAUCACACAGAACAGAUUUUUUCCCCUUGCUUGCGAUGUUGACAUGUAGUUACUGUAAGACUGUUUUGUGCUCAAGUCCUCUUUUUUCUGUACAGCUCUAUUUUUAAAAGUUAUUAGGGGGUUCAUGUUUUCUAUGAUUGACACUUGAUACAGCCUGUGGGCGUACGGAGAUUGCAUAGCUCACCCGGGGGAUGUGCUGUUUGAGUUGAGCGUCAUCACAGCGACUCUCGGUGACUAUCCCGCAGAAUGCAUACAACACUACUGUGCAAUGUUGGUUUCAGGACGUGGAGAAAAACGCACAAUUACCGAGAGCUUUUCAGCUUUAAAUCUGUAUACUGGCAGAAGGCAGAACCAAGUUGUCCAUGGUAUAUACAGUCUGUGGUCGGAACUCUGAGGAGCACAGAGAGAAUCUGUCACUAAAACAGAGAAUAAGACAAUGAUUCAGCACUCUGCACUGGAGCUCAAGGACUUGUAUCACCUUCCCAAACCUGACUUCACUUAAGCCAAUCAGGUACUAACACACCUGGUGCUGCUCUGGACUGAUUUCCUCCUACAACUCAAAGAAUGACCACAGUAAACUGCCUUUCACACCAGAUGGUGAUCAUGCAGUCCACACCCUGGCUCUCAUAUGCACCAGUUUCUGCAAGAUGGAGAAAGGGGAAUUCCCCUGAGAAGGCAGGUGCUUCUGGGGGAAUUCCCCACUGAGGGGGUGUGACAUCACAAUGACAUGUAGAAUGUGAUGUCACACGAUGACAUCACAUGAAUAUGAUGUCACACGAUGACAUCACGUUCUAGCUCUGAUCCUUUGAUCUUCAAACGCAGAUCAACUCAGAACCCACACACUUGUUGGCAAGAGUCACGUAGGAGCUACUACAGAGACGAUCAACAGUUAAGUCACGUAGGAGCUACUAUACUACAGAGACGAUCAACAGUUAAGUCACGUAGGAGCUACUAUACUACAGAGACAAUCAACAGUUAAGUCACGUAGGAGCUACUACAGAGACGAUCAACAGUUAAGAGCAGUCGACUGAAGACUAAUCAGAAGAACCAUGUCCAGAGCAUUCACACCUGAAUCUGUGGGACCACUGGGCUACCGGCCCAUGGCACCACUUCAACAGGAGCUUGCCAGUGCUCGUGCUGAGAUUAGAAAUCUUAGAAACGAGCAAAGGGGUGAACAGGAGGCAUGGAUGAAUGAGAGGGUAAAGCUGGGCUACAGAAUUCACAACGGGAAGUACAAAGUGAACCGUCUGGAGGGACUCAUUGACGUCAGAGAAAGUGGAUUCAAGGAAGAACUCCAGAAUAAUGUCCAGACUAUUGAAAGGCUGGAGGCUGAGAUCCAACGCCUCAACAGCACCCUCAAAUUAAGAGACGAGCAGGUGGAGCUUAUCCAGCGCCUGCAGAAGGAGCAGGAAGAGAAGAUGUGGGCUCAACUUAAGGAGGAGAGACAGAAAGCUCAUGAGCUCCAAGAACAGCUUUUUCAGGCGUCUCAGGAGAACCUGAAGGCUGUUUCUCUGAGCAAGAACAAUGAAACAAUGCUAAAGCUCACAAAACAGCAGCUUGAGCAGAGGGACAACCACAUCAUGGAGCUGAGGAGGGAGAAAGAGGGUCUCACUCAAAGACUCAUUGAGACCACAACUCAGCUGCAAAACAACGAGACCCUCCAGAAGAAAAAAAGGAAAGACCUGGAGGAGGAGAACCAGAUCCUGAAGACCAGAGUCAGUGAGCUGGAGAAAAUGAACAAAGAUCUGCUGGAAAAGGAGGAAAGUCUGACCUUCAGAGUUGAAGAGGCCAAGACGGCAAAAGAAAGAGUGAUUGAGAAGGAAAAGACUCUGACAGACAGAAUUCAAGAGUUAGAGGAGGAGAAGAGGGAGCUGACUCAUCUUGUCUCUCUAAAGAAAAGACGCUUCCUGUCCAGAGUCUUUCAAAAGGAGACAGAGGAGGAGAAAACCCUCCGAAAACAACUUAAAGAAAAGAAGAAGGAAUUAAGGCAGCUGAGAGAAAGAGAAAAAGAGGAGGAAAGAGAACAAGAAGAAGAGCAAAGAGAACAAGAAGAGGAGAAAAGCAAAAACCAAGACAGGGGGAGAAAGAGAGUCAAAAAAGGUCUCUGGACCUUAGGAAAGAAGAAAAACAGAGACACCCGGGUGGAGGAGGUUGCUGGUUGCUCAGCUGAUGUCGAGGAACAUUAGCUCCUCUUCCUCCCUCUUCAUUCCCUACCUUCCAAAAACAAAAAAUAAAUUUAAAAAGCUGCAAAAAAAAGAAGCAAAUAUGUAUUUUUUUAAAUGUAUAAAGAAUAUACAUUGAAAAAAAAUAAAAAUAUAUUUCUAAAUAAAAAAAUAAAAAAAUAAAAAAAUAUAUAUUUAUAUAUAUAUUUAAAAAAAUAAUAUAUAUUUUUAUACAAAAAAAAAAUCAAAAUAUAAAAACAUAAUCACAAAUUUUUCCCCUCCUCGAGCCACCACCUUAGUGUGGUGGAGGGGUUUGCGUGUCCCAGUUAUCCCAGGAGCUAAGUUGUUGGGUGCUUUAUGCCUCUGGUAGGGUCAACCAAGGCAAACAGGUCCUGGGAGAGGGAUCAGACUAAGGGUGGCUCAAAUAGACCUUUGAUGAUGGUAGUAGAUUUACUAUAUACUGAGUUUUACUCACCCCCUUACACCUUACUUAUCAAUCUAAUUUUUUGGGCACUACGGUAAAGAGAGGGGCGGAGCUGUUUACUGAUCACCACUUGGUGGUGAGUUGGUCUCAUGCCAAUUUCCAGCAUUGGAAUCCAGCAAUUCCCCCUCUCUUACAUCACAGGAAGUGCUAACCGUCAUUUCAAACAAAGCUAUUUAUUUGUCUGGAACAAACACGAAACUCCACUUGGCAUUGUGUAAAAACAGAUUCAGAUACAGAACUAUGUGAGAUAAGUUACAGAUGUUAAGGAUCUGCCAUAACUUUAGCAUGGACAGUAGCACAUCUCUUCAGGGAAGGUUUUUGCAAUUAUUGCGCAUUACACUCAUCAAAGUGACGCAAAGCAAUACAAGUGUUCAUUAUUGAGUUUUACAUUCUGUCUGCUCUCUGAUUUGGUUUUUCUAAGCGGGCAUGGGAUACAUUUGUCGCUGUCAAAGGCCAUUAAUAAGGCUUUUCAGGAUGUCAAUUACAUAUGGUUAGCUAAACACUGUCGCAAUACCAUAUUUGUAUCGUAUUGUAUCCUAUUGUGUAGUAUAAUAUCAUAUCAUAUUGUAUAGUAUCAUAUCAUAUAGUAUUGUAUCGUAUUGUAUCGUAUUGUAUCGUAUUGCAUCGUAUUGUAUCGUAUUGUAUCGUAUUGCAUCGUAUCGUAUAGUAUGGUAUUGUACCAUAUCAUAUCAUAUCAUAUUAUGUCAUAUAGUACCAUAUUGCAUCAUAUUGUUCCAUAUUAUAUCAUAUCAUGUCAGAACACAUUCUCCUCGUUAGUAUAGUGGUGAGUAUCCCCGCCUGUUAGGCGGGAGACCGGGGUUUGAUUCCCCGACGGGGAGUGGAAAUCAAAACAGAAAGUGUCCGUCUUCUCGCUGGGUGAAGCCACUCUGAGAACAGCACCCUCUGGUGACGGGCUGCAGUAUAGGUCAUAAAUCCCUGUAAGCCAUCCUUAAGAGGCUGAGGACAAAUUUUAGAAAUUAAUCACACAGAACAGAUUUUUUCCCCUUGCUUGCGAUGUUGACAUGUAGUUACUGUAAGACUGUUUUGUGCUCAAGUCCUCUUUUUUCUGUACAGCUCUAUUUUUAAAAGUUAUUAGGGGGUUCAUGUUUCCUAUGAUUGACACUUGAUACAGCCUGUGGGCGUACGGAGAUUGCAUAGCUCACCCGGGGGAUGUGCUGUUUGAGUUGAGCAUCAUCACAGCGACUCUCGGUGACUAUCCCGCAGAAUGCAUACAACACUACUGUGCAAUGUUGGUUUCAGGACGUGGAGAAAAACGCACAAUUACCGAGAGCUUUUCAGCUUUAAAUCUGUAUACUGGCAGAAGGCAGAACCAAGUUGUCCAUGGUAUAUACAGUCUGUGGUCGGAACUCUGAGGAGCACAGAGAGAAUCUGUCACUAAAACAGAGAAUAAGACAAUGAUUUAGCACUCUGCACUGGAGCUCAAGGACUUGUAUCACCUUCCCAAACCUGACUUCACUUAAGCCAAUCAGGUACUAACACACCUGGUGCAGUGUGGACUGUCAUGAUGACAGUGUAUUGCUCAUGUACCAAAGGAUUAAGUAUUUCCAUGUUUGUGAAACCUAUACUAAAGUACAAUUCAUCUAAAUGCUUCACAGUGCUGAUUUUAACAACUCUCCUGCACAACAGGUAACUUUACGACUUUAUUCUUAUAUAUUAAUGACUUUAUUCUCCUCAAUAAUAACUUUAUUCUCCUAAGAUUUAAAAACGUUUUUUUUCUUAAUGUGGCCCUCAUAUCCCAAGGUAAUCUCACUCUUAGCUUAAUUCAAAACUUGAGAGCCCUGCUAUUAUUAGAAAAGAUUAGAUUAAAUUCAGAGAAACAAGUAGGCUAUUUUUGAGCUUCACUGAACUACAUUAUAACGGGCCAUAUAAAACAUGCAUAGGACUUUCUCCCUCAAGUAAAUUUAAAAAGUUUUUUAGAAGUUUGUUUGUUUCUUUAUAUAUUCAAAGAGGGUGGAAGAGAUUUUAUUGGAUAUCGGAGAAUUAAAGCAACAAACAAUAAAACCAAACUCCUCAGUAUUCAGGAUGUUCACCACGAACGUCGAAGAAUUUCCGGAGCGCUUGUUGUCAUGGAGACCAACAGACGCUCAGUCGAGUGUAAUAUAGACACAGAGAGGCUAUUAACGGACGAUUGAAAUCUGUGUUGUUAAUUUCAAAGUAAAUUAGAAAGAAAAACACAGGAGAAAAGAGGUCAGAUUCAACUUAAUUCAUCGGCUCCCCAACGUAGGGUCUAUCUUUAUCUACCUGCAGAUCCAAACCCUCUUCAGUUGCAGGCUAGCUUGUGUUAGCAUGUGUGAGAGCAGAGCUGUUCCGAGUGGGAAGGUGUACCGCCAGCUUUUUGAAGCUCAGGUGAGUCAGAGCCACUUAAGUGCCUGUUUAUUCCUUUAACAGUCUAUUUUCAUUUAACUAAAGUCUUCAGUCUCUGACCAGACAAACUUGUUCACCUUGAUGAUAAAGUGUUAAGGGAUAAGUUAAUGUGAAUAACAGGUGUUGUAGUCUACAGUCAUUGCUUGUGUUGUGAUGAAUAUUAUGGAGUUUGUGUGUUUCGUUUAGGCUCAGCUGUCCAGGUCUUUGCUGGCAGGACGGAGAGACACAAGGACAGACUGUCUGUCUGCUGAGGACAGCAACACUCACUUCAGUGCAACCAGCAGGUAGACAGAAGAUCAAACACAGACAGAGGGACAGAUAUCAGAGACACCUGACCUCUGCAAAAUAUAAUAAAGCACAACCCCAAAUCCAAACAAGCUGGGAUUCUGUAGGAAAUGCUAAUAGAGCAGAUUUUUGUGGUUUGCAAAUCAUUCAAUCCUAUAUAGAAAAUGGCACAAAUUAAAAAAAAUGGAAUUUAAAAUUUUUAUCUUAGGAAAUUAUGUUUAUGCCAGUGAUGCCAACCACGUGUUAUAAUAAUAUCAUGAAAAGAUUCAGAGAAUCUGGAGAAAUCUCCUGACAAAAGGAACAAGGCUGAAAAGGCUGAUUGCGACUCCCUGGGCUUCAGGAAGCACUGAAUUAAAAACAGACAUGACUAUGAAGUGGAAAACACCAUAUGGGCUCAAAACUACUUCCAAAAGUCAAUAUCUAUGAACAACACACGGUUAUCAUGCAUCCUUAAAUGUCUGUGAAAGCAACACAUCUAAAAGGAAAGCAUCUGUCAACAUGACCUAGAAAUGCUUGCCUCUUAUCUGGGUCUGAAUUCAUUUAAGACAAACAGAGGCAAAGUAAAAAACAAAACAAAACAACAUACUAGCAAAAAAUGGACAAUUUUGGCUUUUAUGGAUUCUAUUGUUCUCCACUCAAAGAGAGAGAGAGGGACUUCCCAGUCUCUCCAGCAUCCACUAUAGUACAGGGAUGUACAAGUGCCAGCAACAGGGGUAGCAUCUUUACUGUUAAACAACAUACACAGGUUUUGGAGCAUCAUAUGCUGCCUUUCAGACAAUGCUAUUUUCAAGAAAGACCUAGCACAUAUCAAUAAGUCUAUACCAAAUUACAUUCUGUAUGUGUACAACAGCAUGAUUCUGUGGUGGAAGAGUCCAGCUGCUAACACGGCCUGAAUGCAGUCGCUGUUUCUAUUUGUUUGUUUUUGUCUGUCUCUGUCACUCGCCUGUUUGUCUUUGCUUUCUCUUUCUCUGUUUCUUGCUCACCCACUCACCUGUCUCUCUGUUAGGCUGUUGUGUCCUUUUUCCAGCUGGGAGCAGCAGGUGGAUGGUGCUGAUGAAGUGGAUGACGUUUGCAGACUCCCUGACUCUGUUGGUUAGUAUCUUAAAAUUCAGACAAGAGCCCACAUAGUUUAUGUAUACAUAUGAAUAAACAGUAAGUUUGUAGUUUUAUUCAUUAUAGAAAAAGGGAUACACUGCAAAUAUCCAGCUGGUGGAUUUAUGAAAUAUAAAAAAUAGAAAAGUAGAACUGAUUAGUUCACUUAUGGUUGGGUUUUGUUUAAAUUCAGUCCUCAUCUUUCUUUGUUCACCUCUCUCUUUUCCAGUGGGUGCAAGUCCAAGUUCUAACCUUGUUGAACGACUAGCAGAGAAAAAGAGCAAAAGACAUAAAGAAACUCUGACACAGCUAGACAAAGAGCUGACAGAAAUCACUCAGGUAGAAUAUACCUGAACUGCGGUAACAAACGCCUGAGAUCAUGCACCUGGACUGGCAUAGAAACUAUGUUGCUGUUUACCUGAACUAAUCAACAAAAUGUGUGUUUCAGGUAUAUGAGACUCAGGUGAGGACUGUCAGUGUGGAGCUACAAUCCUCUCUGCAGGACCUGGACCUCUGCUUGAGCACUCUGAAGGAGAGAAUGAAGCAACCAGAACACCUGGAAGACAUCACUCUGCAGGUACAUGUUUUAUGUAACUAAAAAUAAAGUUGCGACUCAAAGUCUUUUUUAAAGUCUGUCUAAAGAUGUGAUUCCUUGUUUGUGUGUUUUAAUAUAUGUCCAGGAUGUGUGUGGUCUUUGGGAGGAGGUAGAGGAGGUGGUGAAGAAAAAGAAGACCAGAAUCAAAGAGCUGAAUCAGAAACUGACUGAAGCUGAGAACAAACGAACCGACCAGGUCAGACUAAGUACUAAUAUUUAAGUAAAAAUUAAUCAAAUGUUUUCUAAUUUCUUAAAAAGGCAGGUGGUGUUUAUCUAUAUUUACUAAAAUUAAAUGCAGUGCAUGUUUGCUUCCAUUCUUCAUGAGCUAAUAUCAAGAUCCUGAUUUAGGGUUUUAUCUUGAAAAUUUUCCUAUAAAUUCUAUUUAAUCUGUGUUGGUAACAAAAUAAUAACACAAGAUGACUUUUCAUUGGAAUCUAAAAGUAAGAGCCAACUUUUCUGUCAUAUGGCAACCAUAUGAAAAAUGUUGUGAUUACAUCUAAGUAAUUAUGGAAGUAUUUAUCACUAGAUUGAUUAGUAAGUAUGUGUAAAACCAGGAUUUGAAUUGAUUUUUGUGUCACAGAUAAAUAAACCCAAACCUACAAGAUACUAUUAUUAAGAAAAGUAGACCUGAAACAAACAAACAAACAAACACCCACAGACUAGAAAUACAUAUCCAAAAGUUAACCCAUCUUGACCUUUUUUUUUCUUAUAGAUUAGAGUUGUGCUGAAGAAGUACUGCCCCCUGCUGGAGAGGAUAAGCUUCCUGCCACCACCUGAUGUCCACAGACUAAUCCACAAUGAGGCCGCUGUAAUUUAAAGCCUUAUUUGACCUGUGAUUAAUAACUGUAUGAAAAGAUGGAUGACAUUCUGCCACUCUGAUGCCAAAAUACUCCAUGAGAAAGGUGCUGACUUCUCGCACAGUUGUAGAGCCAGCAUAGUCAGGAUCAGCUCCUGGAGAUCUGUUUUGGUAGUCCCAUUCCUUCUGCUAAUCAUUUCCAACCCCCUCCUCAAGAGCUCCUUUUCUCAACAGAGAUUACUGCUGAACACUGAACCUCAGAAUCAGCACAAGACAUUACAACAAUGACAGAAAUGUAGCUAAAUAAAAAGUUCUUUAACAUGCAUUUUGAUUUUAUGGCACUCAUGCCCCUCAUGGCCUAACCCUAAGCCAGCCUGCAGGGAAAGAUCCACUGUUCAGGUCCUUUCACACCGGGACCGUUUUUGUUGUGCGAUUAUUUUGGACGUCAAUAUUUUUUUUCGAACCUGUGUCCUGCCAAUACAAGCGUUCACAUUGGCAACAUUUCCUGUUCUGUGAUAUUGCAGCAUUUAUUUUUUCGGAUCAUAGUUUAAUUUUUUUUAAGUUUCCCAUACUGUGUGUCCACUUCUGACCAAUCAGAUAGUGUAUUGUUGCGACGUCUGAUUCACCAGUGUAUCCAAUAUGGAUGACCGGCUGAUUGUUUACGUGUCUGAAAAAAAAAGAGUGCUUUAUGAUAAAACACACAAACAUUACAUAAAUAACGACCUGAAGGACAACCUGUGGAGAGUCAUAGUGUCGUAUCUCUCAUAUGACGAUGUUUUGUGUGCUUUAACAGUUUGCUAAACGCCUUUGUUUUAACUUUCAUCUGUGCUAACGUAAGGUAACGGUUGUUACCAUAGUUUCAUGUGCUUAUCUUAUCGCCUCUGAUUGGCUGUAAGUGCUGACCGUUUGGCUUGAGCAUGUGAUGACGUUUCCAGCUUUUCUAGCCAAUCAGAGGCAAAGGAGGCGGGACUUUCCCCUGGAAAAGUCUUCCCCGGUAUGUGUCUUUUCCCCCAGGGAAAGUCACAAAAUCGCAUCGGGCUUGAUGUGUAAAGUCAGGCGCAUCAAAAUUUGCCUCAGAAUAUUUCGUAAUUUCGUGUUCUAUAUUCACGUCGGCCCCGGUGUGUAAGGACCUUUCAGCUUCGCUUUUUUAGAGCUGGCAUGUUGUCCAUCUUUUCAUUCAGUCUUUACUUCUGAUCUCUGACUUCCAAUCCUAAUAUUUUGAUUCCUUGUUUCUGUCUCAGAUGUUGAACCAGUCUCUGCUGGCAAACCGUCGCAGUGUUGCUCGUCUGCUGCUGCACCUGCAAGAGGAGAACCUGCAGCAGGAGUCACUCCUCCGCCUGCACUGGGAGGACUAUCUGAGCCGCUGGAAGAGUAGCAGAGCCACAGAGAUUAUAGACCAGUACAAGUGGGUGGAAAACUUUAUGAUACUCCGGUUCAGAAAAACAGAUUUUAGUCUGUUCAAAGUGGUUCAAAGCAGGUAUCAAUAAUUAAAACUGGAUCAAACAUCUUGAGGAGGGGUUUAAACAAGGCAAGGAUAUGUUCAGAAGUGCUUUUGACUGAACUGGUUUGAACUACUGAAAACUGUAAGACUGGUUCAUAUGUAGAUAGGUUUUAGAUUGGCUCAAAGUGGUUCAAACAGGUUUCAGAGUGGUCAAAGAUAGUUUCCCCAGGUUUCAGAAAUGCUUAUACUACUUAAAAAUUGGCUUAUAUUUGUUCACAUAGUUAUAAGUUUCAAGUUUUACAUCGUAGUCGGUGAAAUCACACAGUCAUGUAGUGGUAUCCCCUGUAUUCAUGCAAGUCGGGUAAAUGUUUAUUUUUUUUGUGUUGUAGGAGUCUUUGCAGCAGUGAUCAGGAUCAGGAACUGGUCUCAGUUCAGCAGGUUAUUGAGAAGAUGAAACAAACUCAACAAGAACUGGCAGAAAAACGCUUGGAGAUCAUCAGCAACAUCUGGUACCUUAAACAAAGCCUCUGUCGUCUGUCUUCCAGUUGUUAAAAGUUUGUCAGUAUUGGCCGAGCAGUCUGUGCAGCACUGUGACUUUUAGAGGAAGAAUAACAGACAUCAUGUUCAUUAACGUUUCUGAAGGAUCUGCUAGUUGGUAACUGAAUAUUACUUGGAAUCAGAACUUGAGUCGUGACCCAGUCUCCUAAACAUGAAACCAAUUUCCCUGCCCUUGAAUCAGUGUCUCUGUUUCAGCUCUCUGGUCCCACCCUCCUGCUCCACUUCUGUGGUCUCUGACUGGUUUAACCAACUGACAGCUGUCAAUCAACAGAUAGGUAUUUGUCUUCAUGUUUCUGUUGACUCAAAUUUCCUAAAAGUUGUUUCCUAUCUGCUUGUUUUGUGUGUAGAAACCCUUUUAACCAAUGACACCAAAAACAAAUCAGUGUACUGUAUGUGUUUACAGUUUCCCUAGUUUUCAAAAGUUUUCCACAUGAACACAGAACAAAAUCCAAUAUUAUAUUUCUAUCCAACUGUUUUCCCUUUGUUGAGGAUUUGAUUUGAACCCUCUAGUUAUUUGCAAAAACAGCUAUACUCAUAUAAACACUGUAAUAUACAACCAGUAAAUUUGUGUGUGUUUGUUUGUUCAGACAGUUUUCACGCUGACUACCUCAGUCAGCUGCAGGGUUGUUAUGAACAGAGGUGGCGGGAUCGACUGGCUGUGGUGGAGCGCUGUAAGGUAAAAACUUAAAUGUUUCUCUCAAAGCCUGUGUGAUGGAGUAAAACAGCUGUCUCAGCAUUGUUUCGCAUUGUUUUCAUCCAUGUGAUGAACCCAGGCUGCUGAUACAGUUUGUUUCCGCCCAGCUAUUGUUAAAAUAAUGAAAUAAUACAACAACUGGACUGAAUAGAGAAGACCUGUUCUUUUUCUUCAUUUUAUAAAUAUCUGCCUUAUGUUUUACAUAUGUUUACCUGCAGGAGGCGCUCUCAGCUCUGCAGCUCUCUGAGGAGGAGGUGAACCAUGCUGUCAGCUCAGCUCUGCUCCCUCUGAUUGGUCAAAGGCAGAGUCAGGAUGAAGAGCAACUGGCUGCUUUGAAUGUCAGCUGCACAAACCUCACUGAAACCCAGAUGUUUCUGAAGAGUGCCCACCUUUAUGAAAUUAUCUGUCUGUUUACCUGUCUGUCUGUCUGUCUGCAGGUGUGUCGUGAGUCUGUGGCCAGUCAUGCUCUCGGUUUAAGCAGGCGUGUGUUUGUCAUGUUGCGGGGAGUCGCAGUUCUGUGGGAGACACACAGCAGCAGGUUGAAGAUGAGAGAAGAUGAAUUGCAACAACACUUGGAUAACCUCAGAGACUCACAACAACAACACACAGAAGUAAGACUUCAGUCCACCUUUGAUUAUUCUAGUAUUUUGACACCUGCAGGACCCAGCAUCACCUGCAAAAGGGAGGUUUAGGUGGAGCUUGUGGAAGUCUGUCAGCUGAUGGCAGGCGCUCAUAAGCUUUACUGUUAUGUUUUCAGAAGCAGACAGCGUGUCUGGAUAUCAUGCUGAAUGCACUCAGACAGGAGAGCAGAGAGGACGCUCUGGAGACGUCUCUGGACAAAGCUGUGGUCUUCCUGCAGGAGAUCCAACAGAGGUACUCCAUGGAGAGAGGGUCACUACAGCUGCAGAUUCAUAUUCACUGCAUUUAUUUCUCCAUAGGAUAGUAAAGAUAGAUGAUACAGUCAUUGAUGGGAUUACAUUAUAUGCAUGAAAUUAAGAUAGUUUAUUGCAAAAAGCACGACUCAUUACUAGACAGUGUUCCAUCUAAUCAGUAUCCAAAUGGUUCAUAUAUCUAAAUAAAUUAAUAACUAAUAGGUAACUGCCUACCACAGCUUCUAUUGAUAUGAACUUUUUCCCAAAUUCAGGAGACUCAGACCAUGCAAAACACAUUUUUCCUUUCAUCAGCUAAGCAUCAUCUGUCUAUGCAAGUCUUCAACAAAGUCAGACAUGUAGUGGAAAGGAAUAACGUGUCUUUUUUUGUGCGUGUACAGCAGCAAACAGUGUAUCUCAGAUCAGUGUCAGCAGUUGGAUCGUCUCCCGUCCCUCCUCCUGGAAGAGCUCCUCUCCUACAGCAGCAGCCUCAGCUCCUUCUACCACCUUGACCACAUCUACAGACCGGUAAUCUGUGCAUAUCAGACAAACCUAACCAGAGCAACACUAAACCACAGUAAUAAGCCUCUCUGGUAGCUUCAGGCCAUCUUCUUCUUUGAUUUUCAAACCAAUCAAACACCAGCUUAGCUUGUCUCUACUUUCUUAUCAACACAUAAAGGAAGUGUAACAGAUACUGUAAAUGAUGGAGUGUGUUAAAAUGAUUCUUCUCAGAGCCCAGAGGAGCUGCAGAACCUCCAUCCAUCACUCACCGCUACUUCAGAUCAGGGUCAGUAUAUCCUCUGUCGUGGUUACAGUUUUAUUGUUUAUGUUGUUCAUCCUGUUUUGGGUCCAAUAUGAGCUAUUUUUUUGGUUGUGGCAGAAGCCAGUGAGGGUGCUGAAAUAAAGGAACCAUUAGAGAUGACAAAGGACCAUUCAAUGAGCUGUCAGCCCGACACAGACCCGUCACAGCCCUCCAAGGAUUGGUUAACCGAGGUGAUGAUUUCUUCAGUGACGAUACACAAUAAUCAGUUUAUUGGUCCAUAACAAUGUGUGUAAGGGUUGUUUGCGCUUGUUCAGGCGGAGACCUCACUAAAGGAGCUCUGUGAUAUCAGCAGUAAUGUCUCAUUUACAUCAUCCAGUGGUGUGGCCUACAGUGGGCCUGACUUCCCAUGCCCCGCCCCACCUGAGACCCCACAGCAGGAAACACACCUGAUUCUGUUUCCUGGAGAGCCGCUUACAAACAAACUAACUAGGUGCACACACACACACACACACACACACACACACACACACACACACACGCUUACACUUUGAUAAGAAAAGAGUAACCAUGAGCUGACAGUGUUUGUGUUUGACAUGCAGUUCACGAACUCUUUUCUUGGACAACCUGGAGCAGCAUUUUCAGAAUGUCCUCCGCUCAGCUGUUACCAUGGUGACACACAGGAAGGAGGUGUUGCAUUCAGAGCAUGAAAUCAACCUGAAGCAGCUGAACCGCCAACACAUCGAGACCCACAUUUACCAACCCCGCCUCGGUAAUGACUGUGAUGAACUUCUGUUUCCACACAGUCAGAGUUUGAUCAGAGCUGGGUCAGAUGAAUCAGGAGCCUUUUAUCUGAAAACAAAAGUUUAUGAACCAAUGGGCAGCUUUGUACAUUUCUUUAAAAAAAAAAAAAAAACUCCAAGUAGACACAACAGAUGUGGAGGUACAAAUAUUAAAAGCCUUCCCCCAGAAAUAAGAAAAUUAAAAUUAAAAUCAUCAUUUUUGAUAAACUUUUCUUUUCUCAGGAAAGAGUAUGAAUUCUGACUUACAUCUUAAAAUCUUGAGUUUAAAUUCAGAUUUUUUUGGGUCAGAAAUCUUAGUUUGUAACUAAACCUCUGAAGUCAGAAUUCAACAUUUUCUCUUAAAUCUGAGAUUAGAUUCAGAAUUCAGAGUUCUGACUUUUCUCUCAGAAUUUUAGAUUAAACUCAGAUUCAUAUUCUUAAUUUUAGAAUCCUGACUUGAAACUCGGGAUUUUGUGAAAAAGAUAUAUCCUAAGUUUUUGGUAGAAUUCUGAGAAUAAGUCAGAAUUUUUGCUUCAAACUUAGAAAUCUGAAUGUAAUUUGAAUAGUGUAAGAUUAUAAAAAGUCUGUUACAGACCUUUAUUUGAGUGGCCCUGUUAGAGCCUGAUAUGUAAUGACACAAACUAUAAUUUCACAAAAGUAAUAAAACCCAAAAUGUAACAACUGACCCAAAAUUUACCAAGAUGCUGAGCCCAAAACAUUAUAACUUUUUGCCCAAAAUGUAACAACUUGUAACAUUCCAGAUUGCUGUUGUAUAGUGGGCUCCAACAGGCCCUCAGCCUCUAUAUUAUAGGGCCUGUGUUUACCAGCAACUUUUCAUGUUCUCUCAGCCUCUGUAACAUCAUUUUUCAGACUCUCUUACUGUUACUAGGUUAGCAAAGUUGUCUUGCUGUGACCAUUUUCUCAGCAGAGACUUAUGUGUGGUAUCACAUAAGUAGUAUAAGUAUCAGUAUCAGUAAAUGACAGCUCAAAGUGUUUCAGCCUCUACUGAAAUAUAAAAACAGUGUCACUCUUUGUUUUCCAGCUGAGCUGCAGCUUCACAGUCAGUGUGUUGAUACUCACUGUGAGGAGGUUUCCACCAUGUUGGCUUCCUGCAGGAUGGAGCUGCAGGACCUGCAAACUUCCAUCAGCAAGAAGAACCAGGUGUUCGCCACCAAAGUGUCCAACAUGGAGGACAACAUCGUGAGAGCUGAUAACAGCCAACGGUAACAGAGUCUGUUAUGAUCAGCUCUCUCAGUUUGUUCACAUUCGUUUCGCAACGUUUCACAACGUUUCACAAACGUUUGAUGUUUGUCUCUGUGUUUGUCUGCAGUCUGAAGGCUGUGAGCUCCGCCCUGCAGGACUGUCUUGACAACCAUAUCAAAGACAUCCAGGACUGUCAGACUGCCUUUAAACAGACUAUUCAGAAAAGACUGGAGGAGGUCAGACACAAAAUGACACAACUCCUCAGCUCCUUCAGGUAACACUCAGAACACCUGCUUGUUAUCAAAGAGGAAGAGUUUUCUGUAGCUGUCUGUUUUCUCCUCUCGCAGGUUGUUCAGUGAAGGAGGAGAUUUUGCUCCUCAGGAGGUGAUAUUGUUUCAAAGGAGACUAAAGGAGAAAACCAAAGAGAUCAGUGCAGCAGAAGUGUCCAUUUACUCUCAACUGGAGGCGUUUGAGUCCAAGAGUUCACUGCAGGUUUGACCCUUUUCUUCACAGGAUUAUUUCGGUGACAUUUGUCUUUAUGAGAGAGGACAGCUGUUAGUGAGGAGGACAUUCACAUUCUACAGUAUUUAUCCUUUACUGUCGCAAAACAAACACACAAAAAUGCAGCUGAUUGCUGGUGUAAGACAGCAUAAAAACCAAGCCUGCAUAGGAACUGUAAGGUAGAGACAAUGGCUUAUGAACUACACCCUCAGAUAUAUGUGAUGCUACAGCCACAAACACCAGAUUAACUCUCUGAAACCAGGCUAUGUGUCUCCCCUCAGGUGAAGGAGGUCUCUGGUCGUCUUGAGGAGACGCUCUCCUUCCUGAGAUCUGAGGUGACGUUCAUGGAGGAGAUCAAGAAAAUUAUCAGCAGCACACAAGUCAGCAUCAAAGCAGAAGUAUGUUUGUUUCUAACUACUGUACGUACUCUGCUGCUCUUUGCCAGAAUUGACUGAAAGCCAUGAAUGAACAUGUUUGAAACUUGCAGGCAGCCAGCAGUAACCAGCAGCAGGCAGCCAUCAGUAGUAAACUGGAGGAUCUGAAGAGGAUGAUGGAGAGCACACAGGUACACACGGUCACACUGCUCUGCUGCUGCAGAAUAAGUACUUGAAUGUUAUUGUUACCGCUCCUGACCACUUCAGCGUCAGUGUAACGCACUUUAGGUCUGUGAUAAAGAUCUUAUCCCGACUGUAUGUCCCUCUGUAUGUCUGUCUGCAGGUGUCUCCUGAACAGGUGUGUUCUCUUCUGUCAUCAGUCAGUCAAGAACUCAAGAAGCGCUCUCAGUACCUGGAAUUCUCAAUGGUAUGCUAGACCACUUUCUCAGUGCUCACCUGUAUGCUUGGACUGCCUCUGAUCGACCUGAUAAAUGUGUUUUCCUUCAUAGCUACCACUUGUUUAUACUGUAAAGCCUUCUUCCCUGUCACUCAUUGAUAGAAUUCUGCUUGUUUAAACGGGUUACCACAGAUCUGUAAAUGACUUUUUUUAUUCCUGUGAUACUUCAUAUAUAAAAAGAAUUACACCUGGUUUAACUGGAAUACCAAAAUACAGAAAACUGUUUUGUUAAUACUAAUUUGACCAAAACUGACAUCACUAUUUAAGAGGAAGAAGAAGAAGAAGAACUUUAUUGAUCCUUACUCUUCUUUUCUGAUGAGGAUCAUCAGCCUGAUCUACCUCCAAAUAGAUUCACAACAUGUGGUUUCUACUAACAGGUUUAUUUUUCUUUUUUUGGGGUAUCCAAAGAAACCCACCAACAACUGAGAGCUGCUCAUGUUCAAGAGUUCAAAUCAAGAGUUCAAGAGGUAUUUGUGUGUUUAGGACCAAACCUUGCUUGAGAGUCUGACAGCUCGCCCUAAGUCCACAAAGCGGGUCCGGCCCGCCCUACCCCCUGAUUUACUGCAGCCAAGCAGGAAAGAUGUUGACCUCCUCAGCGACCCCGUUGUGGGCAUCAUCAAGUCCCUCAACAGGUACAACAGCCCAGUCCAUUCCCAUUGGGUGGUAAUGCAGAGCAUACUAGUGCUACAUAUCAUGUUCGAGCUAUCUUGAGAUAAAGACAAGAAGAUGUUUCUCCUCCUCUUCUUCUCAACUGUUCCUUUCUUUCCCCUCUUUACUGUAAAUUCCUACAUAUCAGGUUGGGUAUGGUCCAGGAUGAUGCAACAGAAGUCACAGAGAAAAAGGAGAGAGGGAGAACUGGUUUUUACAGCUGCUGUGUUGAAGAUAUUUUUUUAAAUUCUAAAUCAAGUCCAGCUUUCGUUGAAAUGAUCACUUUUUAUAGCUGGUCCACAUUUUCCUGGUAAUAUAAACUUAAACAGCUGACAGCUCUUAAUGUGCUUCAUGUGCAGGUCAGAGUUCUGUUCAGCGUCUUCACCAGAGAUGUACUGAGUCAGUUAGCAACCUCAGGUAAGGCCCACACAUGCACACAUGUACACAGUAUUAGUCACUGUUUUCACAUGUUUCCCUUUUUGUAAUCUUUGUGUUUAUCUUAGUGGAUGUGAAAGUGUCAGCAGAGGGUCCAAGUCCAUCAGAUCUGGAAGAAGGCUCCAGAUAUUUGGACCCAAACCAAAUCCAGAACAAACUACACAGUAAGUUUCACCUGCUCGUCUGGUUGAAUCCUGAUGGAGAGUUUCAGGUUUUGAUUACCGUGUGUUUGUGUUCCAGCUCUCUUAUUUCUGCGGUUAACUCUGUGCUGUGGAAAGCCAAUGAUGUCAUCCUGCAGGUUUCCAAGGUGACAGAGACACAGUUUUGGGGAUGUGAAAGUUAUGCAGAUGAAUCAAACACAUGGUUCUUGUGUUGAAAGUCAAGCAUUUCCUCUGAUUUCAGGACUUUUACCGCAGUAAGAGGGGCAGCAGGUUUCUUUUGGUUCCUGACAGUUUGGACCAGUGGACUGAGAAGAUGCAGCAGAGGCUGCUGGGAUACCAGGAACAGGCCAAGAAGCUUCUGAGCACCAGCAGAGAGGGUAAAAACAAACAUGUUUGUACUUUUACUUGCAUGUGGAGCAACACUGAUAUGAUGGGCUCUUUUUUCCACCUGGCCCAGCCCUCAUUUUUACCCAGUGUCCUAACAGCUAAAGAAAUAUCAGUAUUUAUGUUAAUACGGCAAAAUUAUGAUUUCUCUCAAAACAGAAAGGUCUGAGAUCCAAGUGUUUCUUUCCACAUCCCCACGCAGAAUGUUACUCCUCUGGAUAUGAGGCAGAACUCGGGAUGUCAGAAGAUGAGGGCACCAUCACUGAUAACUCCUCAAAUUAUUGUUAAAAUAGGGACCAGUGUUUUGUCUACUUCAAAGCCCAAUAUUAAAGAUUACACCCUCAAACAGACCGUCAACAGCAGCCAUUCGAUGGCUGUCUAACCCCCUGGGCUCUAUUUUCCUUGCCGGCAGCGUGGUGCGGAGUAAGUCAGGUCCGCCGUGCUGAUAAGGCGUGCCCAAGCACAUUUUGGUAUUUUGGUGAGCGGCGUAGCCCAGCGUAAGUAUUUCCCCUCUCUAACUCAGCUUCUCCCAGCAGCGUAUGCCAUAGAGGGGGAGAAAGGAAGAUGUGGAGUGGGUUUAACACAGCCGGGACCUGUUUCCACCUAUCACAUCAGCUGCUCUCCUCACCUUUAAAUCUGCCACCGGCGAGGCAUAUUACAAUUUUCGUGAAGUAGUCAAAGAGAUCAAGGGAUGGCUGAAGACAGCAAUGCCACACGAUGGCGACAGAAGGCAGCCUGCGCUGAAAGCUGACCAGGUUUGAAUUGGCAAGCUUUCCGCGCACUUUCUUUGCCACCAGCGAGCACGAAAAUGUCACUGCGCCAGCUGAUUCUGUUGACACCUCCCUCUACCGUGCCACCACGCCCAGCUUGGCGGACCUCAGUGUGCCUCAGUCUACGAAAAUACCAAAAAGGCUGUGUGCCGGGCUCCGCCAGACGAAAAUACCACUGCACGGAGUGCGCCACCGUCCACCAUGCUGCUGGCGGGCAGAAAAAUAGAGCCCUCUGUCUGUCUCUUAGAUUUGGUUACUGCACUUACAGAUCAUCCAUCUUUGUCUUUACCUGUCUUUUUGCCUGUCUGCCUCUCAGAGUUGGGGAACCAGCUGUCUGUUUUGACAAAGCUGCUCAAAUUGUUACCUGAAGUUUUGAUCAGUAACCAUGAGCAACAACAGGAGGCAGGGCUGAGAGAGACAAUGGGUGGAGUCAGAACAAAGCUGGAGGAAAUGCUAGCAGCCAGCGAGGAGGAGAAGGUAUGACCUUCAGAAACAGGUUAUCAGUACCUAUAAAACAGAGUCCAGACCAGCUCUGACUGUGAUACAUAUCUGUUUGUCAGUGUGAAAAUGUCCAUCAGCUGAAAGUUUCUCUUAAGGACGGUGAUGAGCUUCAGACUCUCAACAGCAGAGAGGAUCUUAGACAGAAACAACUGCACAGCGCCGUCUGCUCAGCACACCUGGAACUACAGGUAGGAGAAACGAGGGUCACCUCAACACUGAUUAGACCUGUGAUAGGAGAAACAGGUUAACCCACUACACUCCUCACAGUUCAUCAGAAAAGUUGGAUUGUUUCAAAGAAUAGUGGGACCUGUGUGUGUGAUUGUGUUUAGGAGAGUGUGAGAGCCAAGGGGGAGGAGUUUGUCACAUCACUGGCCUCUUUAACAGAGAAGCUGAUCCAUCAGCUGGAUGAACUUCUCACAGCUACAGGUAACCUCUCACCUUUUUAUCAAACUAUAAAGUUAGGUUCACCUUUAAAAGUGCACAGCCUUUACAGGGACACGAAUACUUCUCUUAGCCACCUCCCAGCCUCUACUCCUUCCUUUACUUGUUUACAAAAGAUGCAUGAGUCAGCUAACGUAAUCAAAAUAUAAAUUUAAGUACGAUACAUCUUUUUACAAAAGAUACAGUGAAAUAGAAAAAGAAAGAUAAAUGACUAGCUUAAUAAAAACAUUACCUAUAACAACAAUUCUUUGACACUCCCAAAUGUAACAGCCUUUAAUUUUAUUCUCUUUAUACACUCAAGUGUUUGAAUCUACAUAAAAUAACUGUGACAGCAUUGAAACCGAUGAUCUGUAAAUACUAACACCAGCUGUUCCUUGAUAAAAAAAAACAUGUCAGCUGAAUACACCAUCACUUCUUCGUCCUACACCACCUGUGAGUCACCAUUAGGUGUUAUCUGUUUCUUCCUCCCUAGAUGCGCCAUCAUCACAGCAGCCCCCUGCAGAAAGCUCUGUAACCAUGGAGACAGGAGAUGAAACAGGACUGAAACUCUGCACAGUCAGCAGGUAACAUCUCAGAGGGCUGCGACAUCAGACACCUCUAAUGUCAAAUUAUAAGCCCCUGAAGUUCUCGUCCUCUUUCAAAGUAAAAGCCUUCCAGCCCCUUGAGAGUAGAAGUACUGAAGCUCCCUUUAACUCAAAGGCUCUUCAGUUCCUUUUCAGUUAUCUCCCAGUCAGUGAAAAGACUGCGUGCCUUCAACAUGGCAAAACAUACCAUUUCCUUCAAAAUAAAAGCCUUUCAGCUGAUUUGUUCAGGCCUCCAAGCUCUGUUAGUCUAUUUCCUAUUACCCCUCAAAAGUAAAAGCACUCCUACGACUUAAUAAAUACUCUUUCACAAUAAAAGCCUCACCAUCCCCCAACAAACACUUUCAAUGUGUGUGUCUUUGUCUCAGGACCUUCUCUGGUAUCCCAUACCGGACUCUUCCUGCUGAUAGCACAGCUGACUCGCCGUCAAAUGUUACCAUAGCAACAACUGCAUCCAUCUCCACAACCAGGUGUACCUCUGUACAUAUGGCUGUUAUUGAGCGGAGAGAUGCUGCUGUGAAGGUACACACACACAUACACACUUUAAACAGAUAUAAGGAGAGAUUGAUUGACAGGUGUUCUUAAUUUGUGUGUGUGUGUGGUUGUCAGAGGUUUGAGCAGCUGUUAAAGUCCGAGUCUUCACGUUCAGAUGACGACAAACUGAGACGACUGAGUGAAGUAGAGAGGUGGAGCACAGACUGGAGACAGCAGCUGGACAAGCUGAACGACACACAUUCCAGCAGCUGA